AUGGAGGAAACAGGAGCGGAGAUCAGAGAAUUUCUACGGUGGGAGCUCGGUGAUGGUUUUGGAACUGAGGCUAACGAUUCAGUAACAGUAACAAACUUUUCCGCUACGGUUAAAUUGCUUGUUGUGAUUGUGGUGUUAGGGGGUGUUUGGGUGACUCUAGAGAUGCAAAAGCGAAUAUCAGAAACUGAAAUAGUGAAACGAGAAGGAAGGAAAUGGAGGAAAGUGGCGAUUGUGCAGAGAAGUAGCGUUACAGUUGGUGGAGGAAAGAGUAACGGGAUUACAUACGCAACAUCAACAAGUUUUGAUAGUGAAUACAUACAGAGAUGCCGGUUUUAUGCAAAAGGAUGGAAUGAGCAUUACCUGUCAAAGUCUCUCCGCCAAGUUCUUCAAAAGGAAAUGAAUUCAAGAUCUUCUAUCUUCUCCCUUUAUGCCUCUUCUUCUCUGUCUUUCCUAUCUGUUUCGGUUAUGAGUCCUUGGAGGUGCGACACCUGCUUAGCUAAACUUCCAGUUUUACGUACAUACUGUGAACUGUUUUGA